UUUUGCAUUUGCUAAAAAGACAUACUUCAGCUUAUCAGACGUGUCCUGCUUUAGUCUGUCCCUCCAGACCACCAGGACAACCUUAGAGAGGCAUUUUUGGCCAGGGUCACAGGAUUAGCCAUAGAGGAGAGCCUGACAUCUUGUACCUGGCCUGCUCUAGAGACACUGAGUCAUACCAUAGCUUCAGAACACCUCAAGUUGUGUCACUCCUACCUAGCAGUCAGGUGUACAGGGCAUUCCUUUGCACACACUGCCUGAACCCAGGCCUCAGCUCUGAUUUCUGGUGCCUCUGCAGUGUCACUCUGACAUCCUGCUUCCUACUGGUGACUUAGGUGUUAGCUUGCAGGUCUGCUGUCCAAUCUGUUUCCAACCCUGUGAAUGUAAUUGUCCCUUCUCCCUCUCAACAGGAGCUUGUGGUGGCUCUGAGUCACCUUGUGGUUCAGUAUGAGAGCAAUUUCUGCACCGUGGCCCUGCAGUUCAUGGAAGAGGAAAAGAACUACCCCUUGCCCUCUCCAGCAGCCACAGAGGGGGGGAGUUUGACCCCAGUGCGAGACAGCCCAUGCACUCCCAGACUCCGUUCUGUGAGCUCCUAUGGGAACAUCCGAGCCGUCACUACAGCUAGGAGCCUGAACAAAUCUUUGCAGAAUCUGAGCUUGACGGAAGAAUCCGGCAGCUCAGUGGCGUUCUCCCCUGGGAACCUCAGUACCAGCAGCAGCGCCAGCAGCACGCUCGGUAGCCCUGAGAACGAGGAGUACAUCCUGUCCUUCGAGACCAUCGACAAGAUGCGUCGCGUCAGCUCCUACUCGGCCCUCAACUCCCUCAUAGGGGUUUCUUUUAAUAGUGUUUACACUCAAAUUUGGAGAGUCUUAUUGCAUCUGGCUGCUGAUCCCUAUCCAGACGUUUCCGAUUUGGCCAUGAAAGUACUCAACAGCAUCGCCUACAAGGCCACAGUGAAUGCCCGACCUCAGCGAAUCCUUGACACCUCCUCUCUCACCCAGUCAGCCCCAGCCAGCCCGACCAACAAGGGCAUGCACAUCCACCAGGUGGGAGGCUCCCCACCGGCAUCCAGCACCAGCAGCUGCAGCCUAACCAAUGAUGUGGCCAAGCAACCAGUCAGCCGCGACCUGCCUUCCGCCCGCCCAGGCCCCACGGGCACCACGGGGGCGCAGUACACCCCUCACUCCCACCAAUUCCCCCGGACGCGGAAGAUGUUUGACAAGGGCCCAGAUCAGACCACAGAUGAUGCGGACGAAGCUGCUGGCCACAAAAGUUUCAUCUGUGCCACAAUGCAGACGGGGUUCUGUGACUGGAGUGCUCGGUACUUUGCCCAACCUGUCAUGAAGGUGCGUCCUAGUCUGGGGCUGUAACAGAACCUGGGGAGGUGGGCUCUAGCUCCUUCAGCACCAGCACUGGGGCCUGGAGCUUUACUCUUGGCUCUCUUCUUCCCCACGUGUCCUUGGCACUGGCCUGGGUCCCUGAGACCUCUUGCCUCACAUUGGCCACUCUUACUCCCUUCCUGGUGGCCCAAAGCCCCAUCCUGCCUCUGUCCUCUGGCUCACAGGGCCCUUUUAGCCCAGGUAGGAGCCAUGACAUGAACAGGUGGGCAGGGCCUCAGAGGGCCCCUCACUGCCUGCCAGCCCUGGCACUUGCCUCUGGGGCUCUUGUCACACUGCAUUGGUGGCAAGUUGCUUUUGUGGUUGGAGAGUCAACAGUAAAGAUAGCAGAGCCAAUGAGGCAGAGGCUUCGCUUGCCUUCUAUCUUCUCAAAGGAAAAACAAAAGACUGCCUUUCUAGGACUUGCCAGCAUUAUGUAUCACUUCCUCCAGCCACACUUGGUGAC